UUGCCUAAGAUGGCCAAGCAAAAUUCUCCUUCACUAAUUCAAGUUGUAAAACAAGUUGCAGAGCAACAGCAUUCCCAGGUGACAGAGAUAGAAAAAACCAAAACUGUACUUUUCCAAUUACAGGCAAAGUUCCAGGAACUAGAGAAAGAAAUGGAUUCUAUUCUGUUAGAAACAAGGACAACAGAAAGAGAAAUAUAUCUGCGAGAUGAUGCCAUAGAAAUGACAAAACACCACUGUGAAAAUCUGGAGGCUGAAGUUAGAGCCCUGUAUUCUGGAAAUUUAAAGCUGAGGCUUGAUGCAGAAACAGUAAAAGAAGAGUUUGAGAUGACAUUUGCAAGAAAUAAUGAAUAUCGGGAAAAAAUAAAGGCUCAUAAACAUCUCUUUUGGGAGAUGGAAAGUAAAAUGCCACUUAUGAUUGAGCUUGCUAAAAAGAAAACUGUUGUUCAAGAAUUAAAGAUGAAGAAAGACGAGUUAAUGCAUGAUCUCCAGAAUCCAGAAGGAUCUGUUAUAAAACAAGUGCAGGAAGAGAUUAUGCUCUUACAAAGGGAAAUCAUGACAUUGAAAGAGUUCAUCAGUAGUAAAACAGAUUUGCUCGACAAAGAGAGAAAAAUGCAUGCCAAGCUAAGAAAAGAAAUUGAGGUACAGAAUAAAAGAUAUGAUGCAAUUCUAAAACGCUUGCAUUGCCAGCUGAACAAACUCCAUUCGAAUAAAAGACAAUGGCACUGGAACAUUCAGCAAUUGGAGAAGAGGGCAGCAGAACUAAGGAAGUGUCUUGGAGUAGCAGCACUACAAAGUAGCAUGUAAAACAAACCUAACAAAGCUACAAUGUAGCAGCUCUGAUUGAACAUAAC